CAAUGAUAAAAUCUUCUCCUUUUUUGUUUUCUCCCAUUUUGGAUUAAUGGAGCCAUGGAGACGGAGGAGGGAGGGGGAGCCAUGAAGGCCGCAGCGGCUGGUUCUGAAGAGAUCGAGGCUUCUGUCGUCGAUUUGGAUGAGUACGAGUUGAAGGAGAGUUUGGGAGGGGAGCCGCCAUUGACGGCGGUGCGGAGGGCGUUGCACCGGCCCAGUGGUCAGGACGUUGCGAUUAAGCGGGUUCAAAUAUCGGGGAUCACUAGAACCCUCAGGGAAUGCUUGGAAUGCGAGCUCAGCUUCCUCGCCAAUGUCCGCCACCCGAAUAUUAUCAGGCUUCUUGAUGUUAUUCGGGGUGAUGGAUGUAUUUUUCUUGUGUUGGAGUUCUGUGCUGGAGGAGAUCUAGCUGCUUACAUUAAGCGGCAUGGAAGACUGCAUGAACAUAUCGUUAGGAAGUUUAUGAUACAGCUUGGAUCUGGGUUGAAUGUAUUGCAUUCUAGCCAUAUCAUCCACAGGGACUUAAAACCUGAGAAUAUACUUCUUUCUACUCCUACAAGUGACGCAAUUCUCAAGAUUGCAGAUUUUGGCUUGUCUAGAGUUGUUCAUCCUGGUGAAUACGCUGAUGCUGUUUGUGGUUCUCCAUUAUACAUGGCGCCUGAGGUCAUGCAAUUUCAGAAGUAUGAUGAUAAGGCGGACAUGUGGAGUGUUGGGGCUAUUUUGUUUGAGCUUCUGAAUGGAUACCCUCCUUUCCGUGGUGGGAAUAAUGUUCAGCUUCUAAAAAAUAUAAGGGACAGCACGUCAUUACCUUUCUCAGACCUUAUCCUUCCUAGUCUUCAUUCUGACUCGAUUGAUAUAUGCAAGAGGCUUCUAUGCAAGAAUCCAGUAUUCCGCUUGUCAUUUGAUGAGUUCCGUAAGCACAAAUUCUUCAAAUUAUAGAGAUAAAUGUCGAGAAGUUGGUCACUAAUGAUACACGUGAGGUAGAUAUUCAGUUGUUCCCUGAUAUCAUGUGAGUGUGGC